GCUCAAGGCAGUGAUACCAAGGUCUCCUGUUUUUUCCCCAGGCAAUCUAAUGCCGAGAACGGUACUUAGCUUGCGCAUUUUUUCAGUAAUGCAAUCUUUGUUUUGAUCCCUACGUCUCAAUCUCUCUGUGUUCUACUUUUCAUCUAACCAGUGACCAUUUUGUUAGUACGAGGCUAGUGCCGUCUAUGCCAAGUUUGACGCACUUACGUACUCACUCUAAAUGGAGGUAAUGCCGAUAAUGUUAUGAAUGCGGUGGACAUCGUGUCGAGUUUAGAAGCAAGAGCCUUUUUACCUAUGCGGCCUUAGCAAAGAUCAUUUGAGCUCGCUUUUAGAAGAAAGAAAAGAAAUCGACGAAGGAAUGGGAGGUGGCAAAGGCUUUGGUCUGUCCGCACGGGGCCCGCGCCCGUCCGAGAGCAAGGAGCACGAAGACGACGAUGCUUCGACGCCAUCAGAAGUCUGCUCUCAUCAUCCUGAGUUCGACGACCUAGAAAAUUUUGUGGAGGAGGUCUCCGACAGCAGCGGCGCGAGCGAAGCAGAUUGCGGCGAGGGCAGCGGCCCCUGCAAGGAUCUCUUCUCCGACGCUUGGUUUGACAACGCACCACUGUGCGUGGCGCACAUGCAGAAGGCGCACGGAUUCUCCUUCGCCGCCGUUCGUGAAGCGCACGGAGAAGAGAGCUGGACGAUGUACUUAUUUGCUAAGUUUACGUGUUCUAGAUCAGCCAUGUUGUACACUUGCCUGCAUGUGCUCCUAUCUGCUGAAGCCUGAAGAAGUGGAUUCGAAAUCUUACUUGUUGAAACCUCGGAAAAAUGCGUAUCGAGAGCAAUAACUCAAAGCAUUCGUCAACGUCAACGCCACGCCGCGCUCUGAUGAGAGGCGCGGCUGCGUUCGAAGGAGACGGGGUAGCCGCGCGGUUGUUGCAGGUGUAUCGCAGCAAGUUCGCUGCUUGUGCUUACUCUUCUGCGUCGAUCCUUGAUUGAUUUUUUUACAGAUUAUUUCUUAUAUUGAUUACACUUGCACUUGCAGGUAUUCGCAUUUCCGGCUGGUGGGAUACCUGCGAAGACUCGGUGCCGAACAGGCUAGGGAGCUGAUCCGUGAACCGCAGCACUUUGGUCCAGAAAAUCCGUUCUGGAACAACGAUGAGUACCUGAUUCCAGCCGGCGGAGACGCGACUGACCCUUUGCUUUUUGCGGGAGAGGAGUUCCUGGAAUCGGAUCCGGAAAGUGCAACAAAAAACGAAGUUGUGCAGCCCGACGAGCGGCCUCGGCGCCGCGCUCUUGACCCGGAGCUCGUGGCAGUGCUGCAAAAAGAAGAGCAUAGUGAAGCAUGUCCUUCUGAGGCUAUUGGCUGACGGUGGUCUUCCUGGGAGCAGUACUAGCGAGGCAGAGACUUCUCCUGUCUACAGAGAGGGCAAGUCGGGAAAGAUCCCGUUCCGACUGCCCGCAAGCACGACACACGGGCAAGUUUGGAAAAGUCUCCACCCAGCAGAUUGCUGCCCGGGAGCACGUCACUCAAGCAAGAAAAGACACAGAAAGAUCUCAGAGGAGUUCGUUGAUACUUACUACGCACGAUUGUGAUCAUCUUUACCGUGCUGCACGAGUGUUGCGCUGCAUCGGAGCCUGGGCUGCAUGGCGGCCGGGCAAACUUCGACAAUCUAAAACAGCCAAGUAGCAUAAAGAUUUACACGCACCAAGUCGCGUAAGGCGUAAGAUGCGUUUGAAACUGGC